CAAACAUGAGCGACUUGGUGGCGCCAAAUUUAUAACCAAGGAAUCGCAAAGUGGACGAUGCGGACGGAACUAUUUUCGAACUGUACCUUUCAUCCUUCGUCCUCCGCGGGUUCCAUAUCCUAUGCGUCGGCCGAGGUCAGUGAACCCAAUGGAGGUACGGUGUCGUGGAGAAUGUGAAUGUUGCCAAUCCUUGAACGAGAGUGCCGACUCUGCCGAGUGCCGUGCACCCUGCAAGGGCACACUGCGAGGGCAAGGCCGGCUGUUUGGCGCGCGGUUGGCCGCGAAUCAGGACCCUCUUGCAAGCCAAGGGCGCUAAUCAAUCACUGGACGACAGGGAUCCGGUGCAUGGGG